AUGCAUCCCUUCAUAUGCGCUGUUGUGACGACGCUGCUUCUUUCACUGGGCCCCUGCAGGGCGGUGCGCAACGAACUGGAAGACUCCUUUAGCACUGCAAAUGCAGCCCUCGAAGCCGACGAGGAGGAGACGAGGUCUGGCCAGCGGGGCAGGGACGCACGUGGUGGAAAAGGCCGUGGAAACAGGAACGGCACCAAUGCGGAACCCCAGCUGAAGGGAAAAUCCAAGGCCCAAGCGCAGGCAGAUGCGUGGAGAAGCGCCAGCGACUGCGAGGCUGCUGCGCGGCGGGCGCUGGAGGCUAUCGGCCAGCACGGGCAAGGGAACCCGUGCAAGUGGCGGGGCAUCUUCUGCGAGAGCGGCUGUGUGGCCAAGAUUGAGAUCCUCGACGCCAAUGGUCGAUUGGAGGCACUUAGCAACCUCACUCGGCUCACGUUUUUGCGCCUCGAGAGUCCCACGAAGCAGCUCACAGGGCAGCUGGGGGCUCUGUCCAAGAUGAAAAUCCUUCGCACCUUGGAUCUCGAGAAUCUCCCAAUCACGGGGUCCUUGGAUGCGCUGGCAGAGCUGAAGGUGCUCGAACACGUCUACCUCAAGGGCACUAAGCUGACAGGAGAUCUGAGAGCCCUUAGCGGCCACAGACACCUCAGCGUCUUGGGCCUGUCGGAAACGAAAGUGACGGGACAGUUGGACGCCUUGGGCCAAAUGCCCCGGCUAAACCGCUUGUACUUGUCGGGGAGCCACGUGGGAGGGGAGCUCAAGGACGUCCGUGAUCUGAAACACAUAAGGACGCUGGAUUUGUCGCAGACACGAGUGGCAGGCGAAUUAGAUGAUCUUGGGCAGAUGCGUUAUCUGAAACACCUGCGCCUGUCGAACCUCCAAGUGGCUGGGGAUUUGAAGGCCUUUGUGCGCUUGAACCGCUUCGAGUACCUCGAGGAAUUGGAUUUAUCGCGAACCCAGGUGGCAGGAGACUUCGAAGCGCUGUGGCUUCUAGAAUCGCUGCGGAAGGUGUCCCUUGCUCACAGCCGCGUCUCGGGAACUGUGCAAGUCAAUGGCUUCAGCGAACUUCAACAACUUGACUUAUCCGGAACAGCGGUCACCGGCUGGGUGGCGAGCAUGGAUGAGUGCUGCGAGAAACUGCUCGAGAUAAACCUGGCCGGCAGCCACAUCAGCAUCAUCCUGGACGACUUCGAGGAUGCUGCAGGUGGCAACAAUUUCUUUUCGGAAGCGCGUGUGCUUCCGAACCUCCACAAGCUUGAUGUAAGCAACACAUCUCUGAACGCCUCGGUCGCACAGCUGCUGCAUUCGCUGGCGACGGUCCCCAUCACAACCCUGGUAGCCAACAACUGCAAUCUCCACGGAGCCAUCCCACGGAUAGCCGCGAUCGGCGCCAGUGGCAAGAACUUGGGUUUCAAGCGCAUGGUGCUGAGCCAGACCUUGCAGACACUGGAGCUUUCCGGCAACAACGUCACUGAUCUCCGAUUCCUUCCUGCCCAGUUGCGUAUGGACCUCAGCCUGAACCUGGGCCCUGUGAGUAUCUCUCCAUCAGCCCUCACCAAAGCCGCCCAAAAGCACGUCGAUUUUGACCUGACGUACACGGAGCUUGCCAACGUUGGGGAAGUUCGGUCAAUGCUGAAGACAGAGCUCCAGCUAGUGCCAGAGAGGUCCUUCGUCAACGAAACAGGUGGCUACGUCUGCUCCGGGUUCGCUGCGCCGACACUGAAGGUCACCCCGGACAGAUUCAUGCCCAUGGAGAUGUGCGUUUGCCGAGCAGGCUAUUUUGGCACCGGGACGUCGUGCAAACCUUGUCCAGAAGAUACCUUCUCAGACAGUGAUGGGCAAGAGGUGUGUCAAGCGUGCCCUGCGCACAGUCAUUCCCACGCAGCAGCAUCAUCUCUGGAUUCUUGCGACUGUGACUUUGGAAAGCCCAAGCUCCAAAACGGUCGCCGGCAAUGUGCUUGUGGCAAGCACACAGCUCUCUCCGAUGGGGGGUGUGCUCCAUGCAGCAAGCUCCAUUUGCAGUGCAAUGGCACCGGACAUAUCGCCGAGGAGGCUUUUCCCGAGUCUGGCUACGCCCGACUUGCGACGGCCGGCGUCUUCCGAUGCUUGCAUGCAUCUCGAUGCCCCGGUGCGCCUGUCUGUGCAUCCGGAUACUCCGGCCCACUUUGUGUCGAUUGUGCUCCGGGCUACCGCUCCACUGGCAACGCUUGUGCCGAGUGCCUGGACUUGCAUGGGGAGUCGAUAAGAAUCUCCUCCUUUGCUCUGCUGGGCGUACUGUGCUUAGCUGGCGCAGCUGCGAUCGCCUAUGCUUGCAGGGGCCGCUUUCCUAGUCCCGGCCUGACUUCGCAAUGUGCCGGCCGCCUUUUCGUAACUCAGGCGCCUCUGUUGUUGCAGCUGGCGCAGCUUUGGUCAGUGAUGGGGCACUUGGGAGUCAUGAGAGACCACGACAAGGAGCAAGUGCUGGAAGCUCAAGACGCCAACGCCACGAACACGGCUUCAGUGGACGGCGACCCGCUGCUGUCCUACGUCGAGGUUUUGCAGCUAACGGGCAGUGAGUUGAUCAGCUUUGUCGAUCUGCAGUGCCGGGCUGAUGGCACAAGUGUUCGCGCAUUUCUAUCCUUGGCAACGCCGCUCUUCCCGCUCGUGGUCCUGGCGGUGUGUGCGGGCCUGGAGCUGGGCAGCCGCGGAACAGGAGUCAAUGCAGCCCUGAAAGCUCUCACCUUGCUCUUCGUGGGCGGUGCAUCAGGGGCUGUGCAGCUGCUGUCCUGCCAGGAAUACGAUGGUGAAGGCCGGCAGAUUCCAGAAGAAUAUGCCUUCCGCCCACUCUUGCCGUCCUUGCGGUGUGCGGACCACGACGGACUGGCAGCGUGGGUGGAUGCAGUCGGUUGGAGCAGCGGCGUGGUCUAUGCCAUUGUUGUCCCGGUCUUCUUGGGUGUACUCUUUGCCAAGCAAAGUGUGUGCACGCAGCAAACCAAGACCGUCCUCCUGGUCAGUGAUGACAAGAUGGCCGAGCAUGUGCAGUUGGAAGUCAAGCGGGCCAACAAGUCGGAGCACGUCGAGGAGGAAGUUCUCGUAAAGCGCAACGUCGCAGCUGCCGCGGCCUUCAUUGCAGCAGGAUUCCGCGGACGUGCCACCGUCCAGCUGAUCGAAGAUAAAGUGAUCGUCAUCCCCCUGCAGCGCAGCAGCGAGAUGGACUCGGAGAUUACAGCUGAGAAUCUGUUCGUGCAAAGCAACACGUCUCAAGCUGACGCGGUGCGCAGAAACGUGAUGAUGCAGAUGCUCAUGGAGCGGAGCAUUCUGGAAGAGAUCAAGUCGGAUCGAAUGAUGAUCGGCGCAAGGCAGCUGUUGAGCAAGUACGCCAGCGGCAGCUACGUUUGGAUGGAGGGCAUUAUGAAGCUCGCCUCCGCCGUCUUGGUCGCGGUGGUGACCGUCAGAAAUGGCUUCUGGCUUUCCCUGGGUGUUAACGUAUUGAUGGCGCUCAUCGUCGGCGUUGCACGCCCUUUCGCGCAGCCGCAGGUGAACUCUCUGCAGAGCUUUUGCUUCAGCUGCCUGGCUCUCGCGGCUGUCGGCUUCGCGAGCCACGACCGUCUGCUGCCGCGCGUCGCGCUGGCGGGGCCGGUCCUGCUGCUGGCGGCGCAGCUGCUGCGCCCGGACUCUGCCGAGGCCGAUAUGACGUAUUUCACACCAGAUCCACUGAAAGUGGCAAUGGACGGCACCACUGGCAAGGCUGCUCCUGCUGCAAAGGCCAACGGGCCUACGCUACCCAUCUCCCUUGAUGAGAUCUUUACGACAAGAGGUGAUGACAAGCUCUGCACAGUGGCACUGGUGCUACCGCGCUACGUCGUACAGGACUUCAGUGCCACGAAACAGGCUGGGGACCACAGGCUCCUCCAACCUGGAAUUCCGGAUGUUCUGCAGAUGGAAAAGGGCGGCGGCGCCCCGCGCGAAUUGCUCCCGGUCCACCGGGUCAUGGUGAGCAAAAGCGCAGUGAUCGGAAUAGAUCUGGGCGCUGACACGUCCUAUGUCGGCUAUGUCGGGAAGGCUUUUCUCUCGGGUGUUCCUCCUACUCUCGGAGUUUGGUAA